AUGUUCGUUUUCUGUUAGUUAGAACAGAAUUAGAAUUAUUAUUUAAAUUCUUGGUAAUAAUUAAUAAAAAUUUUUACGUAUUUUAUUUAGUUUUUUAAAUAAAAAUAUGGCUUUGGAUGGACAAAUUAUCACAAACUUACUCGAAAUGAGUGAAGUACCGCUUACUAAAAAGGAGAUUAUUGCGCAAGUGGCUUUGAUUGAAGAGACGACACAGAAGAAAUGCCAAGAAGAAGUGGGAUAUACUCUCUUUGCGGGAUUACAGCAUGGGUAUAUUCAAAAAACCCCGAGUGACAAAUAUACCAUGCUGAAACCGGAAUCCGCAUUGAGUUUAUAUUCAAAUAGCGGAAGAUUUAAAAGGAAAAGAAAACCCAAAGGUCGGAUAAAAAAAAGACCAAAUCUAGGCACCUUGAUGAGUCGGAAACGGGCUAAAAAUCUUAAUAAAGAUUUACGUGAAAUGGGUAUAAAGCGAAGCUGCAGAAAUUUGAGCGCAUUUCAAGACCAGCACACGAAACGUGUAAAGAAAGAGCGGUUAGCAAGUCAAAGGGUUGUAAAUAAAACACUGAGAAAAUUGGGAUUGGAAGGCUCCAAACGAAAACUUCUAGCGUACAGCAACAAGCGAAAGCCGUUGGCGAAAAAGCCGGCUAGAAAACGACAACAACCCGCAAGAAAGAAGGCACUGUCCAAGAAUGUGAAGAGAGCUAAAAAACGGAAAAUUCAAGCUAAAAAGAACAAGAAAAGCAAGCGCGUUGCUAAGAAAGCAAAACAAGGAAAAAAAGCGCAGAAAGCAAAGAAAUUAGGAGUGAAAGGCGUCAAACGAAGUCUCCGCGCUUAUAGGAAAACACGCAAUAAACAAGCAAGAAAAGCCGUUAAGGGACCAGCUCACCCAAAAAGAAUGACUAAGCGCAGACGUGAACUGGCCAAACGAGCAAAGAAAACGAAAAAUAGAAAUAAAAAUAAACUAUCACGUGGGAGAAAGAUGAACGUACUUACAAAAGGUAAGCCAAAAACUCAACGUCUUCGGUCAGUAAAAGCCUCACUAUUAGUGAAGAAGAAAAGGCGUUCAAGGCCCAUAAAAGAGCUAAAAUAUAAGGCACCGAAAGGUGGGAAAAAGGCUAAUAAAAAGGGUAAAGGCAAGAAGCCAAAGAAAUCUCUAAAACGCAAUUUGCGAUCUAAACAGAAUCGACUGAAGUUAAAGAAGGUGCGAGGAAAGAAGCUUAAGAAACGCAGUAAGCGUGCUCCAGCCGGUAUUCGUAAGCAAGUCAGAAAACCAGGGCAGAAAAAGAAGCGAAAUAGUACUAGUCGCCGCGUUUCUAAUAAAAAAGGUCAGCCGAUGAUACGGAUCCCGCUUGGAAGCAAAGGAAAGGAAUGGAAAAUGGCGGGCUCCGGCAGGCCAUAAAUGUUAAAAAAUUGUUAUUCACAAAAUGAAAAAAAAAUAUAAAUAUGUAUAGAAUGCGCCGGAAGUACGGGUGCUUCUACAAUUGCUUUCACGGAAGCAAAAAGAUUAUUCAGAUAAUGCAGGUGGUGCAUUAUCUCUACUAACUAUCUACUGAUGUUCUACACAGACUUGAAAUGAAUGUUUCAACAUUUCGUUACGAAGCACUUUGUGAUUUAAAUACCAUUUAAUGCGUUGAUUGGUGAGGUCUGUAUCUUUUGUGUAGAAUAAAUACGUCCGACUUGUGAGAGAAAAGAACUAAGAAACAUUACUAUAAAAUGGAAGUAUGUCUUCAAGAAAAUAACUGCAAUGAGGACUGUCAAAAACGUGUAUAACGAUUGAGAUUUUUCUAAAUUUAAUAUAAUUAAAAAUAUAUCAAUGAUAAUUGGAGAGAAUGAAAAAAAUGCCCCUCCUCAAAAAUAAGCGAAUGGAUUUUACCCCCACAUGUAACUUUGUAGAAAAAAAUUACGAACCAUUGAGUCCACUAUAUAUACCACAAUAGAACUAAUGAUAAAAACACACACUGUCAUUACUUUAAUAUAAAGUGAAGACAGUCCUACUAAUUGGUUUCUAAACUAAUCCAAAGAGAAGUAUAACAUACGCUUGUGGUAUGUAAAAUAAGUUUAUUUACAUAUCAUCACAUUGUAUAUAGAAACAGAAGAACCAGAGAUAAAUUCGUCUAAAAAAAAAAGUGGAACGAUAACGAAAUAAACAAAGGCUAGUCUGUUUCAUGUUUGCAAAUGGAUAUUAAUCGUAAAGAGCCUGAGGAUAUGUCACGGUGCCGGUUAGAAUGUCCUGAUGGUAACUCAUUUAUAGAGAAUUGUGAACAAAAAAAAAAAAAA